AUGCCACGAGGACAACCAAGACGAGGUGGUAGAAGGCCGCGAGAACGAGAAGAGGAAAAUUUGAAUGACGAAGAUAAAGGCCGUCGCGAAAGAAGGCGUGAAAGGAAUAAGGAAGCAGCUGCUCGUUGUAGACGUAGACGUGAAGAAAGAAUGUCAAGUUUGGAAGGGCAAGUACAACUUUUACAAGCGGCAAACGAUGAAAAGGACAAUUUAAUAAGAAAAUUACGAGAUGAACAAAAUCGUCUACUUGGAAUUCUUUCAAAAAGAGAAGAAUCUUCUAUGGUUUGCGGCGAGCCUUCUUUAAAAUUUGAACCUCAAAAAUUUGAAAAUGAGCAAGGAUUGUUAACAUUCCCGUUAAAUACUAUGGCUUUACAUCAUCGACAAAAUGAUAAUCCGAGAGUUCCCAGUGGCGGUGGUAUUGGUAUUUUAAUUCCCCAACUUGAACGUACUAAAAUUCAUCCCCAACAACAACAACAUCCUAAUCAAUGUUUUUCUCUUACAGCAAUGAAUAAUACGUCUUGCCAACAUUCCUCUUCCUCCUCUUCAUCUGCUAUAGCGGCAGAUACAACAGAAUCUACAGAAAUAUCACCUGCAACACCACCUCCAAAUUUGUCUUCUUAUGACCACAGAGGGAUCAGGAAUGAUUCUAGAGGAGGAUGUUGUUCUGUUUUGGUUAAUGGAACAGAUCCAGUAAUAUCAGAAUCAGCUUUAAUGGAGACACCAACAUCUAAUUAUUCUCAAAAUCCUCCUCUGUUUGGACGUAUUAAACGAGCUAAGGUUGAACCAUCACCUCUUUUGGGUGGACUUGAGGAUCAUGAAAAUGCUGAUAACAGAAGGAUUUCUCCAUAUGAAGCAUCUUUAAAUGAUAAUAAUCGGCCGACAACUUUAAAUUUAAGAGGAAAAGCUGAUUUUCUUCAUAAAGAGGGUUAUAUUGCUAUUACACCAUCAAAAGGUGUUCAAGUUGAAGGAAAUUUUCAAAGUCAAGGAGGAUUUGGAAGUUUUGAGUUCACUCCAUCAUCAUUUUUGGGGACUGGUCAAUCAUAUAGUGUAUUAGGGGCGCAACAAACUGGACUAACUCCUUGUCAGGGUGGACCUGUUUAUGUUCAGACAUCAUCUAUUUCUCAAAAUGAAUGUCCACCUAGUGACGGUGAACUUAGCAUUUUACACUGA